CUAAAACCCAAACCCCUCCCCUUUUUUUGCGCCCUUUCUUCUCUCUUUGUUUUAUAGUUCUUCCCUUUUUAGAAAUCUACAAAAGAGAGAGCUUUGCUGUCGCUGGUCAGCAAAAGUGCAAAACCCAAGACCUGCAAGAAAAAACCCUACAGGCCUACACUGUUCCCCCCACCGAUCCGCCGCCAAAGCAGCACCCAUCAAUCAAUCGAUCAAUCUCCGACGGAAUAUGCUCUGGUGCAGCUACUGUCUCAGACUCUGCUCAACAAUGCGCCAAGGCGAUUUCGUAUCCUGCUCCGCCUGCGGGAAGGUUCUGGCCGAUCGGACCACCUCCGCCGGCGCCAAUCAGAAAAUGGCGGUCGUCAAGUCUGGAUUUGUGGGAUCGAAGAGGGUCUGCAAUGCCGCCGCCGCCGCCGUCAGUGACACUGACACCGACGGUUCCGAAUCCGAUGGCGACAGCGAGCAAUCGUCAUCCUGAUGACGAUUGGGGAUUAGUUUCCCGAUCAUCGCGAUUUUGAGAGAGAGUUAAUAAGGUGCAGAGAGACGCGAAUUAAUGGUUGCGGCAUUUUUGAUGAAUUGAGGACGAAGAAUUUCGUUUUUUGUUUUGGUUUUCUUCCUCGUUGAAUUUUCCUUUUGGGUGAUUAAAUCUUCUCGUCGCGGGUGUUUUAAGUUUUUAGCGUUGGGGUGAAACAAUUUGCCAGGAAAUGUGAUCGCCAUUUAUGUGACAGAGUAAGUAAUUAAGGGUUUCAGCUCGUAAUUAAGAGACCAGGACGAGGGGUUUGAACAGCUAAAACACUCGUAUGAUCGAAAUGACCGCGCAACAAAAUUUGUGCGAGGUUUUGACGCCAAAUUUUGAGUGGGCCGGGUUUCUAUCACGGAAAAGCCCAAUUUCUAGGCCCUGCACUAUGGACUAUGGAGUGAGUAGAGUAAGGUGGGCAUAAUUGUAAGGCUAUGGGCCCUUACCAAUUCCAUCGUUGCAGGUAGUGAUGGCAACUUCAAUUCCCAUGUCCCGCCUCACGCUACUACGGGUCGGGGUGGAUAAAACCCGCGCGGGUACGGGGCGGGGUGGGUCGACCCACUCUUACAUAUUGUUCAAAAAAAAAAUACAAGUAAAUUUUACUUUUUACAAUAAAACGUAAGGAAAAACACUUUAAGAAUGAAAAAUAUUGAUAAUAGAAUGGAUAAUUGAGCCUAAUAAGUUGAAAGAUCGACUCUAACUAGUUGAAUAAAAGUCAAAAUAAGAGAAAUAUGUAUAGAUAUUGUAAGAAAUUGAGAUAAAAUGAGUCUAGAACGGGGCGGGGCAGGGCGGGUCGGAAGUAGAUACCCAUGCCCCGCCCCACGCUACUGCAGGUCAUGUAAUACCCACCCCAUCGCGGGCUAGGUCGGAUAAUACCCGCGGGGCGGGUUGAAAUUGCCAUCACUAGUUGCAGGUAGCUACUUUGGUCCAAAAUGAUGAAUAAAUGUUUUUUUUUUUUUUUUGGGAGAACAGUUUUUUUGGUGGGAGAAGAAGAAAUGCUAUGAGCCCAUACCAGUCUCAUUAUGCUCCACCUGGAAGCAACCAGCCACGGGUGAUUCACAGUGACGGGUUUUUUUUUUUUUUCAACUCCAAUUUGGUGGCUUAUAGUAUUGUGAUUGUUAACCAUAAUGGACACUUAAGUAUGUGAUGGAAGAACUCACACAAUACUUUGUUCUAUAUCGAUUGAAGAUGAAACGGAGACUCUUUUGAAAGGUUUCAAAUCAGUGCGAGAAUAUGGUUUUGAAUACAUAUUUUUUUGAAGUCCCAUUUUGUUACCUAAAUGGGUGCAAUGUCAUUUUUUCUUGUAAGUAUUAUAUGUUCAACGACAAGGAAAUUAUUUUGCAACUGUAUAUGAGGUAGACAUGUAUUGCUUCCAUAGCAUAGUGGUAGUGCGUUCGCUUCGUAAGCGAAAGGUCGCGAGUUCGAUCCUCGCUGGGAGCUUUUGUUUUUUCACUUGGAAGAACUUCCUACUACGAUUUUCACUUCAAUCACGUAUCUUUUAUUUCUCUUCAUUUUUCACAUUUUUAGAUGACUUAUUGCUCUACGAAGCGUAUAGCGUAACCCCCACAUGUCUUCAUUACAACGUGCUUUUGUUCUAAUUCGUGCCUUUCAGUUCCAUAGUAUAACACUGCUGCCCAUAUAUCAUAACAAAAACAAGUUAUUUUAUCGUCAAAUUGACUACUGAUGAACCAACGUGCACGUGCACUGAUUUCUCCUUCCUAAUACGAUUUUCACUUCAAUCACGUAUCUUUUAUUUCUCUUCAUUUUUCACAUUUUUAGAUGACUUAUUUCUCUACGAAGCGUAUAACGUAACUCCCACGUGUCUUCAUUACAACGUGCUUUGUUCUAUUUCGUGUCUUUCAUUUCCAUAGUUUAAUAACAACUGUUGCCCAUAUCAUAACAAAAACAAGUUAUUUUA